AUGGCUCUUAUGCCUUGUUCUUUGAGGAAAGCCUUGCGGCCCGCCACUUCUGCAUCAAAAACACCGCUGCUCAAUGUCCCAAUUGAUUUUGGCCGGACACCUCUCCUUCACCACGUUCAAUCAACGUAUGUCAAUAGUCCGGAGUUGCCACAAGAUACACUUACGAGACGGAUGAAUUUAUAUCAAGCGGUUAACAAUGGUCUUCGAACGGCAUUAGAUGCUUCGAGCAAAGUCCUGUGUUUUGGAGAAGAUGUCGCUUUUGGUGGCGUAUUCCGUUGCACCGUUGACCUCCAGAACGAUUUUGGGCCAGAUAGAGUCUUCAAUACUCCUCUAACAGAACAAGGCAUUGUUGGGACAGCAAUUGGUUUGGCUUCUGAAGGCAUGAAACCAGUUGUUGAAAUUCAAUUCGCCGAUUACGUCUUCCCAGCAUUUGAUCAGAUUGUAAAUGAGGCAUCAAAGUUCCGUUAUCGAGAAGGAUCUACUGGUGGAAAUUGUGGUGGAAUGGUAAUUAGAAUGCCAACGGGUGGUGUUGGACACGGUGCACUAUACCACACUCAGUCGCCCGAGGCGCUUUUCUGCCAUGUCCCUGGAUUCAGAGUCGUCGUUCCCCGCUCCCCCACCCAAGCCAAAGGGCUCCUCAUCGCCUCGAUUCUCGACUGUAACGACCCAGUAAUAUUCAUGGAGCCCAAAAUCCUCUACCGUGCUGCCGUCGAAGAAGUCCCUGUACAGUCAUACACUCUUCCAAUUGGCAAAGCCGAGAUUAUAAAGCCGGGAAAUGAUUUAACUAUCAUUUCUUAUGGCCGACCUCUCUACACAUGUGCUGCCGCAAUCGAAGCAGCAGAAAGAGACUUCAAAGGUAUGAGCAUCGAGCUUAUUGAUCUGCGAACUAUAUACCCGUGGGAUAGACAAACUGUAUUGGAAAGUGUCUUGAAAACCGGAAAAGCAAUUAUCGUACACGAGAGCAUGGUGAACUUUGGGGUUGGUGCUGAAGUUGCUGCGACCAUUCAAGAUAGGGCAUUUUUGCACCUCAAGGCUCCGGUGAAACGUCUCGGUGGUUGGACCACUCACACUGGACUAAACUGGGAAAAGUUUAUCUUUCCGGAUGUAGCAAGGGUAUACGAUUCAAUUGAAGAGAUUCUUGGAUAUUAA